GAACCCUCCGUGUGAGACAAGCUGACUUCUCCAGGCCAACGCUAGAGGGAGAUGAAGGUGCUGCUGAGCCUGACCCUGGUGCUGACAUUGCUGGAGCGGUGCAGCGCGGCUGCCGAGGUGUUCAUGGAGCCUCAGCUCCGAGCUAGGGCUGGGGACUCCGUGCUGCUGCGGUGCCUCUUCAUGGACCCCGACAGCAGGGGAUGGACCCUGCACAAAGUGGACUGGCUGCACAAGGCAGGAGCUCAGGAGGAGAUGGUGUUUUUUUACUACAGCAACCACGGCGUCCCCGUGGGCCGCUUCAAGAACCGGGCGCAGUGGCAGGGGGACACCUCCCGCCGGGACGGCUCCAUCCUCCUGCGGGACCUGCGCGUCAACGACAGCGGCACCUACGAGUGCGAGCUGCGGCUGCUGCACAACAGCAGCAUCUUCAAGAGCCGGACGGAGCUGCUCGUCCUCCCCGCGGCGCCCGAAGGGCGAGGAGCGGCAGGACGAGGAGCAGGGGCUGCCGAGGAUGCCGCGGCCCCGAGAGACUCCGGCUUCUGGCCGGCCGUGGUGGGCUGUGGCUGCGUGGCCGUGGUGGUGGCGUUCCUGGCCGGGCUCUGCGUGAGGAAGAGGUUUAAAAGCAUCACGGCCCUGGAGAGGAUGGGGAAGAGCAGCAGCAAGAGCAAAGCAGAGGAAGCAAUUUACUCCUCAAUCCCUGGAGCUGAGGUUCCCAAGGCUGAGCAGGACGCAAAGAAGAAGAGGAGAGCUGAGGACACGUACAUAACCAUGCACCCAUCUCACUGCCGGGACAACGGCGUCUACGUGGAGCUGGCCAAGAGGACGAUCCCGUCGGAAUGGAUGGCAGAGGGGACACAGGGGGAUGGACAGAGCCAGGAGCCCCACAGCAGGCCAGAGGAGGCACCUCCCCAGCUUCCAGAGUGGCACAAAUAGCUGUGCUGUGGGAUGGCAGCCCCUCGUCCAGGUGUGUCCAAGGCACCUUUGUCCCUCUGAGGACUCAGAACUGGUGACACAUCAUCGUGUGCCCGUGCCAGGGCACUGCUGGGGCAUAGCCCAGCCCAGCUGUCUGCAGGGGACCAGGGUACACCUGUUCCUCUGGCUCUUGCCCCCUGGACUCUGGAGAAGGUGGGCACAGCCUCAUGCUGCAGCUUUGAUCCUGGCCCAGGAUAAGGAUCUCCAGCGGGGGAGAUGCAGCAGCAGCAGCCGUCACUGUAUUUUUCUGUAGAUAAUAAA